CGUUAUCAUUAUGAGGGAGGUGACCACAGGUGCCGCCUCAUUCCCUCAUCAACAACUGACAGGUCGCCGACAGAAUGGGUCGCUGCAGUUUAGUCUACCUCCGCAGUGCGUCAGGCAUUCUCAAGAUAAUUGAAGUUGUGAGCGUGAGUGUGUCUCUGGGGCUGUUCCGUGGAGUUCCUCUCACCUUCGGGGACAGCCGCCACACCUCAGUACAUGUUGGAACCGACGCAGACUUCUUCAGCGGCGGGGUCAUGGUGGCCGCCCUGCUUAUCACACCUCUCUUGUUCCUCCUGUAUGUUGCCGGGGUUGCUGGUCUCCAACACACCAUCCUGGAAAUAGCGAUCAAUUUCCUGCUCUUCAGCUUCCUGCUCAUCUCUGGUUCGGUAGGUAUGGCUUUCUGGCACUCUCCUCCGUCUGACUGGGCGUCGCACAAGGCCGAGGGUAUCUCCAUGUCAGUCUUCCUGUAUGCAGGAUCAGUUGCCUACCUACUUGAUACAGUCCUCGUCACUAAGAACUAUUGCUGUGGACCUAAAGUCCGGCUCAGUGAACCUAGCGAAUCCACCGCCUAGGCUGGUUGCGAUCUUAAGAACCUUCCUGACCCAGCUUAUCUACCGCUUAAACUGGUAGCAAACACAAAACGGCACCACUGUCUAAAGCAGUUGUGAACCCGGAAAUGUCUACAGUGCCUAUCGCCUAGACCGUAUAGUCAGCUAUGCUCUAUAGUCAUCCUAACACUGGAGUUAAACAUCACAACCAUCACCAAAGAAUAGCUUGAACUGAUUAUAUUUAAAUGUAGCUUUAAUCCUCAAUAAUACAUUUUGUUCAGAAAUGAACUCUGCUUAUUUACAUCAUGUUUUCAGGCAUACUUACUGACAAUACAAUACCCACAGUAUAAUGUAACUAUCUGGUCCUCUCUGAAGUUCAUGUGUUUAUUUCUAUCAGCAUAGUUUGUAAAAAAAUACUGUAAAUAUUUUUUCUAUGUAACUAGAGUUUGAUUACUCCUUAAUUAUUUACUGAUGAAGGAGGCGGCCAAGAAUAUUGAGAAUAUCUGAUUAGUUGUAUCCCAAUUAGUAUAGCUUAACCCUUUGUACAUAUUUGCACUCUCAGUUAGGGCAACUGACUUAAUUAAGAUUGUCAGAAUUUCCUUGAAUGUUCUUAGGUGCUUCUCUGCACAUUGUGGCUGGAGAGAACACACUCAUAUCCCGUGUCUCACGUCGUGUAAUCUCAAAUCCAAGCAUCAGGCUAAUUCUGUUCAACAUGUUCACUUUCAACUUUCUACCUUUACACACAUUCCCAAACUCAUCCACUAACCUUUGCAAUUUUUCUUUAGAAUCUCCCAUAAGCACAGUAUCAUCAGCAAAAAGUAACUGUAUCAAUUCCCAUUUUGAAUUUGAUUCCCCAAAAUUUAAUCCCACCCCUCUCCCGACCAGUGGUUUCUCUCCCUUAGCGAGAAACCACUGGUCAGAGAGCUGUCCGGAUAGUGACUUGGUGAAAUGAGUCAAUUACGUCCUCGUGAAUUUCUUUAUUAAGCGAUGACAUUACAUGUACAAGUCAGGUCAGAUAAUAGAUUACAAAAGCAGCAGCUUGUGAGUGUAGGUGCGGCCAGAGUCAAGCCUAGUUACUAACAUCCACUAACUUAUUAACUAUAUUUACUCGCUCACAAUUCAAUUAAGAGAAUCUGUUUAUUAAUUACUAUAAUUCAUCAUAACAACGA